AUGGUGGGCUCCCCUUUACUCUUUUGCCUGCUCUCUUUUCAAUUAUCUUUUGUUUUUCCUACAAGGAACAUUUCUCUCAAGUGCAUGCAAGAUACUGAUGAAUUCCUUUCUGAUCUGAAUUCAGUGAAGCCUAAAGAAUACGCCCUGAGAAUGUAUGACUCCUUGGGAAAGCUUGGGAGCAAUGUUCUCAGUGGCAACCUGGACAGGCUGGGAUCUUCCAGCGAGUGCCUCUCCGCCCACAGCCCCACAAGAGGCUUCCAAGGGCAGUACUGCAAGCUGCAUGUACUCCAGGAUGGAGCGGAUUACAGCGUGGGAGUCUGUAUCCCUGAUUCUUGUACCGAAGAGGAUGUGACUAUGAUGUCUCAGCUGGAUAUUUUAAGAUUCAGAAACACUUCUUUCUCAGCCCCCUCCCUCGCCUUCUUUGCAUCCAAUUCUUCCUCCUUGGCUGGUAGGAGUGUGGCCAGAUGUGCUGCUGGAUUGUUCCCCCUGGACCCUUUUGCUGCCCUGUGUCUCUUCAUCUCCUUGCUGGGUCUUGCUCUCCCUCUUGCUGGAACGGUCUACAUGGCUGCCAGGGGCCUCAGGACAUCGUCAGAGGUGGGCGAGGCCCCCUCCACCACUUAUGGGAGUCUGCCUCUGAGAGAUCUGGAGGGUCACAGGCACAGAAGCAGGCCAUGCGGGACAGUGCACCAGGCCCCUCUCAACCUGGACGGACCUGCACGCAGAGGAAUACACAAGCAUUUCAUCCCAGCAGGACCACCCAAGAGGGGCGACUCUGGCGAGUGCGAGUGCACAGCUGGGAAACAACUCCAGCAGCGCUCAGGUUUUCUAGGAGCCAUGGUUCACGCUCUCCAGUGCUUUUCUUGGCAGAAGAACGCAUCAGCCAUCUGGACCACAAAGAUGCCAGAAGGCACCUGCCCUGCCUUGAAUGGAAUCCGGGUCUUGAGUCUUCUCUGGAUCAUCUCAGGACAUACCAGCCAGAUGACAGCAUGGCUCUCUUUGGAUAAUGUGCUUGAGUGGAAAGCCAGGGUGCCUAAAAACCCACUAUACCUUUAUACUCGGAGUGGCCCAUUCUAUCUUGGGGUUGAUACAUUUUUCCUGAUCAGUGGUUGGUUAAGUGCAAGGUCAUUUCUAAAGAUGCAGCAGAAUUCAGACAAAGGAAUAACCCUUAAGGUCAUAUUCAGAUACUUGUUUAAUCGUCUUAUAAGGCUGCAGCCUCUCCACCUGUACUCAGUGUGCUUGUUGGUUGGAUUGUUCCCUCUUGUUCCCUGGGGACCUGUUUGGGAAGUACCCAAAUUCCACUGGGACAACUGCCGGCAAGCAUGGUGGACGAACUUGCUGCUGCUGAAUAACUUUGUGCUGGUUCGCAAUGCGUGCAAUGGCUGGACUUGGUACCUGGCCACCGACUUCCAGUUCCAUCUCACAACGCCAGUGGUCCUCUUCAUCUAUGGCAAAAACAAACUCGUCCUUGUCCUCCUUGGGACCAUGCUGUUCCUGCUGUCUUUCGCUGCCACUGCGGUGCUCACAAUGACGUAUAAACUCCCAGUGGCGGCUCUACCUGCAGCUAGUGAAGAAGAGACUGUACUAUAUUUCUUGGAGUAUUACACCAAGCCCUACUGCCGAUGUGGACCAUUUCUUGUGGGCCUUUUUUUGAGUAUUUUCAUGCAUCAAAACCAUCAAUCGAACUUGCUCAAAACUAAGGUGCAGGCCCUGUUGGGGUGGACAUGUUCCCUACUGACUUUAUUUGUGGUUGUCGCUCUGGCAUACAUAGUGGAUGACGUCUCUGGUGUCUCUUCUGUGGCUGCUGCCGUCUACCAGGCCCUUCACCGUACUCUGUGGGCAGGGGCCGUGGGCUGGGUCAUCUUUGCCUGCCAAGAAGGUUAUGGAGGUCUGGUGAACCGCAUGCUGUCCUGGGAUCUCUGGAGUUUCCUGUCCGGCAUCAGUUAUGCCUGCUACGUGGUGCACCCCAUGCUAAUCAUCCUCUACAAUGGACUUCAGGAGACGCUUAUUCACUAUACUGACACCAACAUGCUCUACCUUUUCUCUGGACACUGUGUGCUGACCUUGGUCUCUGGGCUGGCCCUGACACUGUUCAUCGAGAGGCCGUGGCAGGAGCUGAAACGAUGCCUGCAGGGCCCAGAGUGCUCUGGCUGAAGUCCUGAAGAAUGAUGGCCCAUUGUUCAUGGUGAAGAGGAGAGGCCAGGCAGCCUCCUGCUGUAGUGUGCUCCCGAGAAGGGUGUGAGCCUGAUUUGGGAGCAUCCAAUACAUACGAGUUCUCUGAGCUUCACUGUAGAAAAGAGUUCUGUGAUAAGUUUUGUAGCAGUAUAAUAACCACUCUCUGUUGAAACUUUUAAGCAACACUACCUGGACAUUUGGGGAGUUGGCUUGCCUCUCUGAUCAUAGUGUUAAUGUAGAGCGCCAUCUCUUCGUGACCUAAAUUUUACAAACAUGAAGAGGACUUAAUUUGAGCUAUUUUUUGUAACUGCAGGUGUUAUUGUAAAGAAACACAGAAGGUGAGCUCGAUAAACAGGAGCAGCAGGUAAAUUUUAAGCCCCAUGUAAACUGGGGGUUUCCAGUGAGAGAGAACCCACAAGGCAGCUGCGGCCAACCCUAAGCAGUCAUUCUUUCUCUUCCCUCUAUUUUUGGGCCCGUAAAGGCCUCCUCUCGCACGUUGUGUCCCCAAGGUGGCGCUCUUGAGCCACUUCUGAUCUGGAGCUGCCCAAUCAUGAUUGUUUGCUCAAGUACUCUGCAAAUGUAUUGUGCCUGUUUAUUUUUAAUACAAGAUAGUCUACAAAUGCAGCAAAUUUAUUGUUAAUUGAG